AUGGCACAAACUACAACUUCUAAAUCGUGCCUGCAGACCCUGAGGAAUAUUCGUGUUUUUCUUGUUGACAAACUUGAGUGGCACAUUGAUUCAGUUGUGGACCUACUGAUCACAAAAGACGUUUUCAGUAGAGAUGACAGAGAAGACGUGCUAUUUGAGAAGGGGCCACGUGGGAAGGUCCGCAAGGUACUGGAUAUACUGGAUUGUAAGGGUGAAGAAGCGGCUAAAGUCUUUGUUUCUGCCUGUAGCUAUCUUUGGGAGCCCAGCCUUAAAACUCUUCAACAGCCAUGGGAACAGACAACAGACUACCAAAAGAUCAUUGCAAAACAUAAAGCUGCCCUGAAACGCAGGAGUGAGAGCAUGCUCUACUAUAACACACGCCAUGGAGAGAAAAUUCCUUUUUCUGAACACUAUGUUAACCUUCUGAUAGUCAAAGGCCACCACAGCUUAGAGAUCAAAAGGCAUGAGGUUUUAACCUUUGGACAGCAGCGAAUUUCUCUUCAGCAAAAAGCAUCAGAAAAGUUUAUCAAACCUGCACAACUGUUUUCCAAUGAAACUGGCAUGCAGCCAAACAAAAAGAUCUUGGUAACUGGGGUGGCAGGUAUUGGCAAAACUGUCCUUGUUCAGAAGAUUCUUUGUGAUUUUAGCAAUGACAAGGAGUAUACAUCUUUUGACUUCAUCAUUCACCUGACUUUCAGGGACUUAAAUCUCAUCAGGAGGCCAAUUAGUUUUCGGGAACUGAUUCUCCGUAAGAAUGGACAUCUUGCUAAACAUCUAGACACCAUCACUGAAAAUGACGUUAAGCUCUUGAUCAUUUUGGAUGGCUUCGAUGAGUUCAAACACUACAGAGCCUGCGAUGCGGAUGUCUUUUUGACUGAGAUUGAUGAGGAGGGUGAGGUGCCGGAGGUCUUGUCCAGCUUAAUACUGGGAGAACUCCUACCCAGAGCCUCUGUGCUGGUGACUAGCAGGCCGAUGGCUGUUGGCUACAUUCCUGUUGGAGCCAUUGACUGCUUUGUUGUCAUCACUGGAUUCUCCACUACUGAGAUCCAUGACUUCUUCCAGCGUUUCUUCCAAGACCAGGAUGUAGCUUCUAGAAUGUUUGACACUGUGGCAGCAAACGAACUGAUGCUCACUCUUUGCUACAUACCAGCCUUCUGCCAUAUUGUGUGUAGGAUCCUGAAAGACAGUGAUUGUCUCUCCACAGCCAGCCCUAGGACAAUGACAGAUAUUUAUGUGCAGUACCUCCUGGCAUUGGUCAAGUCACACAUGAAGAAUCGAGUUGAAACAUUAAAUGUCAACAGCAGAAUACAGGAUCAAGAACACCUGCAAAAAAUCCUAAUAAAGCUGGGCAGAUUAGCGUAUCAGAAACUAAUGAAACAAGAAACUCUAUUUUAUAGCAAUGACGAUGAAAUAAUGAACUGUGCCAUGGUAAGCACCUUCCUGGACAAGACAUCUAUUCAGGAGCCCGGUUGUACCGAAGACAUAUACUCCUUCACACACCUCACCAUUCAAGAGUUCUUUGCAGCACUUUAUUCUGCCAUGGCAGAUGUACCCUUAUCAGAGACACUGGGUUCUAGUAUUGAAAGCACGACGGGGAAUCUGGAUUUGUUUGCAAGAUUCCUGUCUGGUCUCCUGUCCAAGAGGAACCAGGAAUUGCUUAACAGAAAUAUUGGGUUUGAGAUGCAUGAAGAUAAAAUGCAGUCCUUCAGGAUCAGGCUUGUGUCCGAUACACAGACCUUGUGUGAGAAUGGAGCUUACAUUUUAACACAUUUGCACUGUAUUUUGGAGCAACAAGAUGUUCUACUGAUCCAAGAGCUCCAGCCGCAAAGUCUCCGCAUUAACCUCAGUGAUGUUUCUCUCUCCCUUAUGGACCACAAUGCUGUAAAAUACUUUCUGAGUGAAAUUCAGAUGACUAUAUUUGAACUGGACCUAACUGGAACAAACACCAGCGCCAAAGCUCUGAAAGAUCUAGAGCCAUACCUGCUUAGGUGUGAGAAUUUAUGGCUUGGAGAAAACAGUCUGGACAUGGAAGCAGUUAAGGUUGUUGCUGGUGUGCUGGAAGCAUCUGACACUUUAAAACAAAUAGGGUUAGGAUGGACAGACAUUGGUGACGAGGAACUUUCGGUACUCACAAAAGCCAUCAAGGUCAAAAAGAAGCUAAGUGAGAUAUGGAUGGAAGGGAACAGAAUCGGUUUUGCAGGCUUGACAUCAUUAAGUGACCUGACACCAUGUCCUCUGACGAGAGUCGUUGCCAUUUGGAACAAUGUCACUGAUGAUGAAGCAGAGCGCCUCAACAGCCUCUACCCUGGCCAGUGCUUCGUUGUGUCCUUCACAGAUGACAGUAUGUGGGAGGGCUGGGCCCAGUGGGUCCUCCAGAGAUGUGAGGUCAGUAGCAGCGAGAAGCUGGUGACCUUCCUGCAGAAGGUGUGCGACAUCUCUCUCUGCAGUCUCGAGAGCUCCUGGGCGAGGACCUUCUUCGGGACCCUGACCCAGCUGAUAAGGACUCGCAUCGAGCAGUGCUUGGAGGAGGACGUGCGGCGCAAACUCGUGAAGUUUGAGGCGAUCCUGAACUUGUAG